UAGUUUUAAAUUAUUUUCCGUCAUUUUUCUGAUACGUCUAACCAACGUAUCUUCUUCUCCAUUAAAAUAAUUUUGUCUGACAAAUCUUUUUAUUUAAUAAUUUGCUCAAUCCUCAAGACUGCAAUAAUUUUCAACUUUACAUCAAAGCCCUGAGCUGUUUCUUCUAAAAGACUAAGAUCAAACCAAGAUCACAAAAUCCUCAGGAGAUCAGAUCUUGCUGUCUCAACAUCAUCAUCAGGAGAGAAUCUCUUAAAGAAAUAUAAUACAAUUAGUUAAGAGCAUCAAAGCUUUUUGAUGGACGAUUGUCGGGAGAAAAGAAGACGCUGUACGAAACUAAGAGUAAGUACUGAUAACAACGACAUGGAGAAGAUGAUGCAUAGAGAAAUUGAGAGACAGAGAAGACAAGAAAUGGCUUCUCUUUAUGCUUCUCUUCGUUCUCUUCUCCCUCUUCAUUUCAUUCAGGGUAAGCGUUCGACGUCAGAUCAAGUGAAUGAAGCGGUUAACUACAUAACGUAUUUAGAGAAGAAGAUCAAGGAGCUGAGUUUGAGGAGAGAUGAGCUCAUGUUACUGUCUAGAGGAACCCCCUUGGAUGAUUCGAAGGAUGAGAUGGAGACAAUGAAUCAUGUGGUGGUUCGUCAGUGUUUGGUGGGUGUGGAAAUAGUGUUUAGCAGUCGCUCCUGCCGUGGCCAACCGCGGCUUUCGAGUGUUCUUCAAGUUCUUAGUGAAAAUGGUCUCUGCCUUCUUAACUCCAUCUCCUCUAUUGUUGAUGAUAGACUGAUUUACACUCUACAAGCUGAGGUCAACGAUUCGAACUUGAUUGACUUAUCAGAACUGGAAGAGAGAUUAACCAGAAUGAAGUAAAUGGUUUUUUCUGUUUGUUAAAUGAUAUUCUGAGUGAUGUACAUGGUUGUUGAGUUGGUUUCUCUUAACUUGUCAAGCAACAACUAAUAUAAAUUACGUGGUUAGUUUAUUUGUACUUGUAUUGUUGUGUUGUGUUCACUUUGCAUCUAUUUGACUAUAUGUAUGUAUUUAUCUUCUUCUUCUUUUCUCAAAUGUAAAUAUCAUUUCAUAAA